CCGUCGUCAUCGCAGGUUGGAACAGCACCUUCACCACGAGGUGCGUUUACUUGAGGCUUGAUACAAUUCAUUUCCACCAACGGUCGCAAUUUUCUUCUAUUUUGUUUUUCUUAGGAAAAGGAAUACUAGGAUUCUUGGGAAGAUGAGAUAUAGGGUAGAAAUGAAUUGUUUUGAGCUCCUCUAAUUCACCUUCGAUCAAAUGCCCUUACCGUUUGUUAGAGGACAAACGCCUACGGUACAAGAGAAUGCAGAAACAGGAGCUGCUGGACCGCCGUCUUCUUCUGCUUCUCUGCCGGAUAUCAGUGGUGGUGCAUCCGCACCAGGUGCCGCAUUGGGAAUAGCAGA